AUUGCUAUUACUGACGUAAAUAACAUUCCGCUUGGCCUGUUAACUUCUUAUCACUACUAACUUACAAUUUCUUUUCACACUGGCACAAAGUGUUGCAUUUAUUUCACUUAUCAAUUUUUAUCAGACCAUCAUCUCAAUGGCUCCCCGCAUCAUUCCAGAGCCAGGAAAGGCGCCAAAUGUAUCUCGCGACGCCCAACAAGCUUACGAGACCCUCAAAACUGGCGGAGUCAUUAUCGCCCCGACAGAUGUUGGCUACGCAUUUAUGACCUGUACCCAGGUCGGAAUUCGGAGGGUCUUCGCGGCCAAAGAUCGUCGGCGAGAUCAUAAUAUCGGCAUCAUUGGAACAUAUCGGCAACAUCGAGAACUACACAUGUUGCCAGAGUCCAAAUUCGAAUUGACUCGUGUCUUGACCAAAGAUAUGGGGAUGAUAGUGGGGAUUAUCGCGAAAUUCGAUUCCAAGAACCUCCACCCGCGCCUGGCAGCGCUAGAUACGGCCACACUCUCCCAGAUCACUAAGGGAGAUACAAUCAGCAUCGCGGUUCCAGAAGGGCCGUUCUUGCGGGAGCUCGGCCGACUUUGCGAUGAGGACCCACAAGGCAUGUUAAUGUUCGGAACUUCCGCAAAUGUUACCGGGCAGGGACAACGUUUCUGCAUUGAAGACAUUGAGCCUACCGUGCUUGAGAGCGUCGAUUUGGUUGUUGAUUACGGUCUGCAGAAGUGGCAUGUAUACGGUCGCGGUGGCGUCAACUUUGACGCCGAAAACAUGCAGGUUCUGCGUAUGGGAGCUGGAUACGAAAUCUUUAGGGACAGAAUCCUAAGAUGGUUCCCUCAUCUGAUAGAGGAGGCGGGCGUUGGCCUUGACCAGGAUCCGGAGCACAGAAUUAGGGAGCCGAGUGCUCGCAGCUUGAAAGGCUCCGUCAAAAAUGACACUUGAAUAUAAAAUAUAGCUCCAGGCCAAGGAUAACCUGGGGG